CGGGAUGGUCGGGUGGGAGAAGGAGCUGCGGAUCCGCUUCGCGCCGGGCAGCUGCUGGCUCGAGGAGGAUGUGAUUGAUAUCCCAAACAGACGUACACUGAUUACUGGUGCCACUGGGCUCCUUGGCAGAGCUGUAUAUAAGGAAUUUAAAGCAACUAAUUGGCAUACUGUUGGCUGUGGGUACACUAGAGCUCGACCCAGGUUUGAACAAGUUAAUCUCCUGGAUGGUGCUGCAGUUCAUAAUCUCAUUCAGGAUUAUCAGCCUCAUGUGAUAGUACAUUGUGCAGCUGAGAGAAGGCCAGAUGUUGUAGACAGUCAACCAGAUGCUGCUUCUCAGCUCAAUGUGGCUGCUUCAGGGAACAUAGCAAAAGAAGCAGCUGAAAUAGCAGCAUUUUUGAUCUACAUUAGUACAGAUUACGUAUUUGAUGGAACAAAUCCUCCCUAUAAAGAAAAUGAUGUACCAAAUCCCCUAAAUCUCUAUGGCAAAACUAAGCUGGAAGGUGAAAAAGCAGUUCUUGCAAACAAUGAUGAUGCUGCUGUGCUUAGAGUUCCUGUUUUAUAUGGAGAGGUUGAAAGCUUGGGGGAGAGUGCUGUGACGGUUAUGUUUGAUAAAGUACAGUUCAGUAACAAGUCAGCCAACAUGGACCACUGGCAGCAGAGGUUUCCUACCUACAUAAAGGAUGUAGCUAGCAUUUGCCGACAGCUAGCAGAGAAGAGAAUGGAGGAUCCGUCCAUAAAAGGAGUCUUCCAUUGGUCUGGUAAUGAGCAGAUGACUAAGUAUGAAAUGGCAUGUGCUAUGGCUGAUGUUUUCAAUCUUCCCAGUAGCCACCUGAGACCAGUCACUGAUAGCCCAGUAGUGGGUGCUCUUCGUCCCAAGAAUGCUCAACUUGACUGUUCUAGACUACAGAUGUUAGGCAUCGGACAGCAAACUCCCUUCCGAAUUGGGAUCAAGGAAUCUCUUUGGCCUUUCCUUACUGACAAGAGGUGGAGACAGACUGUCUUCCAUUAGUUUGUAAACAGCUUAGUGUUAUUAUGGAAUGAGGCACUUUUUAAUAAAGGGGGGGAAAGAAUAGUUUUGUAUUGAAUGUUCUAUGUUUCAAGUUUAAUUCAAUCAGGUAAAAAUAAGGUCUUGCACUAGUGAAAUGGUUAAAGAUGCUAACUGGCA